AUGAGUUUCCAGUUCAACCUUAACAAUAACAAUAACGCGAACGGCACAACGGGAGCUGCCUCGCCGUUUGGUAGCACCAGUACGCCGUCAAAACCCGGUGAAAGCCAAAAGCCUGUUUUUGGAGGCUUCGGCCAAAACGCAGCCCAACCCGCACAGAAUGCCGGCAGUCUUUUCGGGAAGCCAGCCCAGGGCACAGCUUCUGCGUCAGGAACCGUCGCUCCCUCGAGCCAACCAUUUGGUUCUCUCGGAGCCAAGCCCGCCUCUUUUGGCCUCUCAGCAAGCUCAGCCGCACCAAGUGGACAGAAUGCUUCAAGCCCUUUCAAUUUCUCAAAGCCUGUAGAUUCCACUAAGGAGCAAAAUCAAACAUCUGCAUUCUCAUUCAACGGUGCAGCAAGUGGUCAAAGUAAUACACCUAUGUUUGGUGGUAGUAACGCUGGCAAUACUGCGUCUCCCUUUGGGCUCGGGGCCACAAAACCAGAAGAUUCUUCUCAGAAAUCAACAAUAGGAUUCGGGAGCUCAGAAACGAAAAAUGGCUCGAAUCCUGCAUUUUCCUUUGGCGCCAGCAACAACGCAAACUCUAAUACAAUUGAUAAUGGUAACAAAGGUGGUCCUAAGCCUUUUUCAUUUGGGGGUACCGCAAGUAACGAUGCGUCCAAACCCAGUUUUUCUUUCGGAAACGCGACAAAUAACUCUGCUCCAAAGCCAGCGUUUGGAAGCUUAUCUAACACAUCACAACCUUCCACUAGCAAUGGCAGUAAUACAGAAGCUAAAGCUGUACCUUCUUUUGGCAGCAUUGCCGAAAACAAAAAUGAGCAGAAGCCUAGCAUAAGUUUUGGUGACUCGCUUGGUAAUAAGGGAGAUAGCAAACCUGCCUCGACCUUCAGCUUCGGAGCCAUGGGAAAGAACGAUGCAGCGAAGCCCUCGGCCAUGGGCUUAAACCCACCAGCCGCAGAAGUGAAGAAUGACAACAAACCCGCUUUUAACAUCAAUACAUCUAAUGUGGACAAAAAAGAAGAAGCCAAACCAGCCUUCACUUUCGGUGGUGGAGCUGCAAAACAAGACGACAAUAAAAGUGGAAGCCUCUUCACCAGUACACAACAAAAUGACGCUAAAGCUGUUCCAUCAUUUAGCCUACCAACCGAAAAAAAGGAUACUUCGAGCCCGCUUUUUGGUCAAAAGGCUGAUGGCGAGACUGUCAAAAAACCUGUCGCCACUCAAGAUGAGAAAGAAAGUUCAAAACCUGCUUUUUCCUUUGGGUCAAAGACUGCAGCUAGUAAUCCUACAACGAAAGGUUUCAGCUUUGGAAGCGCAACGACAUCCAAUGCCGACUCAAAACCUGCUGAUACUAAACAAGCAUUUACGUUUGGAGGCUCGAGUGACCCGAAAAAAGAAGAAAAGCCUAGUGGCAAUCUAACGUUCGGCAAAAAGCAUUCUGCUGAUGAUAAGCCGGAAGAAAAUUCCUUCAAGGUUAACUUUGCAGCAGGUGCGACCGCGAAUGAAAAGUCCAGUGUGGGGGGGUUUUCAUUAGGUCAAGCGAAAAGCGGCGACACGUCGUCGAAGCCUGGAGCCUUCUCAUUCGGAUCCAACAACGCAAAUAAAGAAACUCCGGUAUCAUCUGGCUUAAAGCUAGGUGACAAGAAAGUUAGCGAACCCUCGACUUCGAAACCUGGUGGCUUCUCAUUUGGAGCUAGUAAAGAAACCGAAAAGAAGGAAGGCAAGCUCAAUGAGACAACCCCAUCGGCGACAACUUUAGACUCUCAGAAAUCUGUUAACAUUCAACCGGUUUCACUGGACAACAAAACACUUGACGAUCUUGUCACGAAGUGGACAUCUCAGUUAGGAGGGUCAGCCGAUCAUUUCAAGACAUAUGCGCAGAAGGUGAAGGAAUGGGAUCAAAUUUUGAUGGUGGGCGGUGAACAUAUCGGGCAGCUCUAUUCAGAAAUGCUUAUGGCGGAACAAACUCAGAGCAGAGUUGACCAAUCACUUCAGUACAUCGAGAGGCAACAAAGCGAACUGGAAACAUUUUUGGAUAACUAUGAAAAAAAAGCAGAAUCUUUGCUUUCUGGGGUCUUUUCUUCUUCAUCUGGAUCUUCAGGUAACGUAAAUGAUCAGAAGAGACAACAAGCAUAUCAAACAGCCGAGAUUUUAGAUGACAACAUCACGUCUUUGUCUAUGAACUUGUCUUCGCUGAUAACAGAAAUCAACGGAGUAAGCGAUACGUUCAAUAGAGCUACCAACCUGAGUGUUACAAAUGAAGACGAGAACACACAGUUGAUUAAACUUUUGAACUCCCAUCUAGAUGCAUUGAAGUCGUUAGACAAUAGCUCUGAACUCGUGGAGCACAAAAUAAGGUCUCUUUAG